AUGGAUCCAACAACAACAAGUGCUCCAACAACAGAAGCCCCAACCACCACAAGCCGUCCAACAACCACUAUGGCCCUGACUACAACAAGUGCUCCAACAACAACAGAAUCCCCUACCACAACAAGCCCGCCAACAACAACAAGUAGUUCAACAACAACAAAAGCCCCUACCACCACUAGCCCUCCAACAACAACAAAUGGUCCAACAACAACAGAAGCCCCUACCACCAGUAGCCCUCCAACAACAACAAUAGCCCUGACAACAACCAGUGCUCCAACAACAACAGAAUCCCCUACCACAACAAGCUCUCCAAUAACUACGGCUCCAACUACAACAGGUUCUCCAACAACAACAGUAUCACCUACCACAACAAGCUCUCCAACAACAACUACAGCUCCAACAACAACAAGUGCUCCAACAACAACAGAAGCCCCUACCACCACUAGCCCUCCAACAACAACAAUAGCCCUGACAACAACCAGUGCUCCAACAACAACAGAAUCCCCUACCACAACAAGCUCUCCAACAACUACGGUUCCAACUACAACAGGUUCUCCAACAACAACAGUAUCACCUACCACAACAAGCUCUCCAACAACAACUACAGCUCCAACAACAACAAGUGCUCCAACAACAACAGAAGCCGCUACCACCACAAGCCCUCCAACAACAACUAUGGAUCCAACAAAAACAAGUGCUCCAACCACAAAAGCCCCGACCACCACAAGCCCUCCAACCACCACUAUGGCCCUGACUACAACAAGUGCUCCAACUACACCAGAAAACCCAAACACCACAAGCCCUUUAACAACCACUAUGGCUAUGACUACAACAAUUGCGCCAACAACAACUGAAGCCCCUACCACAACAAACCCUCCAACAACAACUAUGGAUCCAACAAAAACAAGUGCUCCAACAAUAGAAACCCCAACCACCACAAGCCGUCCAACAACCACUAUGGCCCUGACUACAACAAGUGCUCCAACAACAACAGAAUCCCCUACCACAACAAGCCCGCCAACAACAACAAGUAGUUCAACAACAACAAAAGCCCCUACCACCACUAGCCCUCCAACAACAACAAAUGGUCCAACAACAACAGAAGCCCCUACCACCACUAGCCCUCCAACAACAACAAAAUCCCCUACCACAACAAGCUCUCCAAGAACUACGGCUCAAACUACAACAGAUUAUCCAACAACAACAGAAUCACCUACCACAACAAGCUCUCCAACAACAAGUACAGCUCCAACAACAACAAGUGCUCCAACAACAACAGAAGCCCCAACCACCACAAGGCCUCCAACAACAACAAGUGGUUCAACAACAACAGAAACCCCUACCACCAUUAGCUCUCCAACAACAACUACGGCUACAACAACAAGUGCUCCAACAACAACAGAAGCCCCAACCACAACAAGCCCUUCAACAACGGCUACGGCUCCAACAACAACAGAAUCCCCUACCACAACAAGGCCUCCAACUACAACAGGUUCUCCAACAACAACAGAAUCCCCUACCACAACAAGCUCUCCAACAACUACUAUGGCCCCACCUACAACAAGUGCUCCAACAACAACAGAAUCACCUACCACAACAAGCUCUCCAACAACAACAAGUGCUUCAACAACAACAGAAGCCCCAACCACAACAAGCACUUCAACAACGGCUACGGCUCCAACAACAACAAAUGCUCCAACAACAACAGAAGCGCCUCCCACAACAAGCCCUCCAACAACAACUAUGGCCCCAACUACAACAAGUUCUCAAACAACAACAGAAGCCCCUACCACAACAAGCCCUUCAACAACAACAAUAGCCCUUACAACAACCAGUGCUCCAACAACAACAGAAUCACCUACCAUUACAAGCUCUCCAACAACAACUAGCGCUCCAACAACAACCAAAGGCCCUACCACAACAAGCCCUCCAACGAGCACUAUAACUCCAUCUACAACUAAUGCUCCAACAACAACAGAAGCCCCUACAACCACAAGCCCUCCAACAACCACUAUGGUUCCAACUACAACAAGUGCUCCAACAACAACUGAUACCCCUACCACAACAAGCCUGUCCAUGACAACAAACCACUAA